AUGAAGGAAGAGUACUGCCCUCCUCACGAACUUCAGAAGCUCGAAGACGAAUUUUGGAAAAUAAAGCAAGACAAAGGUGACAAUGCUGGCUACACUGCAAAGUUCAAACAGUUUAGUGUAAUCUGCCCAAGUCAAGUUGACACUCCGAUGAAAGCCAUCGCGGAGUAUAUUCGCGGUUUGCCGGAGUGUGUGGGUGAUUUCGUCGAAGCUGCAAUCGAAGAAGCCUAUCAACUGGCUGCAGAGAUUAACGACAAACGAGUCUUGAGUGGAUUCUUCUCCCAGAAUCCAGUCAAACAGGCUCAUCAAGCAAUUGUCAUUGAUUCCUCUGGCGAAUCUACCAACGGUUCAUCUGAAAACUCCCAUGAUAACUCUUCUAAAGAUCCUUCCGACGAUUCCUCUGAGAACUCUUCGAAGGAUUCUUCCGACGACGCCUCAAGUGAAUCAUCAGACGAAGCCUCCGACGACACUGCAUCAUCUCAAGAAGUUCAGCCCAAUCGCAAGCGAAAGGAACCCAACGUGGAAGAGAUUCCGAAACCUGAGCCGCUACGAUCUGCUCCAGUUGUUGCGGAACGCGCAUACACUGGAAGCUAUCCCCAGUGCCUCCGGUGCAAGGAGAAGGCUGCGGCUGAGGCGAUUGCUGUUAAAGCCCAGCAGGCGGAGGCACGAGCUGUAAAGGCACUUGAAGAGGCCAAAGAGGCGGGGGCCCGUGCUGCAAAGGCUCUUGAAGAGGCCAAGGAGAGGGAGAGUCGUGCUUCUAAGGCUCUUGAAGAGGCGAAUGCUGAGCGCACCCGUCUGAAUCAGGUUGUUAUCAGCCUUCAGACUGAGGUGCAGACUCGCGAGGCCAAGCUUGCAGACAUUACUGCCCGCGUGACUGUAGCUGAGGAGCGGGCUAACAAGGCUGUCGAGGCUAGAGAUGCCCUGACCUCUUCAUUUAACCAGCUUGAGACUGACCGUGAGUGGAUGCGGUGUCACGGUAUUUCACAUAUUGUUAAGGCUAUCAUGGACGCGCCUGAGACCGUAAGUGGUAUAGAUUUGAUCAAGCAGCGUGCCCGUGAUGCUGGUUUUAAAGCUGGUUAUAACCGUUGCAUCGGCCAUAUAAACAUUUUGUCUAAAGGCGGCUACAUUGAUGAACGGUCUGGGUUUCGUGAUGUGGACACCGAAGCGCUGCUUGAGGCGGCCGUUGCAUCAUUUUAUGACAUGUCUCUCUCUUCUGUUGAGAAGCAUCAUGAAUGUUUAGAUGCAGCGGACUAUGUAGACCGGUUGCGGAUGCUGUAUGCCGAUGCGGAAGAGGAAAAUACUGCUGGUGACGGCUAA